AUGACCCUAUUCAUCCUUACCGAGACCAGUGCGGGCUAUGCCUUGCUUAAGGCAAAGGACAAGAAGCUCCUCAAGCGAGACGAUCUCGCAGCAGAGACAGAGACAGCAGAAGGAAUAUCAAACCUUAUGAAAUUGAAAAACUUCCAGAAGUUCGACAGCGCCACUACUGCAUUGGAGGAAGUUGCAUCAGUUAUCGAUGGAAAGGUCACGCCGCGCCUGGCGAGCUUGCUCGAGACUAUCAAAGACGAGAAAAAGGUCUCUUUAGCAGUUGCUGAUACCAAGCUUGGAAAUGCAAUCGGCAAGCUUCCUGGACUUUCUAUCCAGCCUAUUGCCGAUGGCACCACAGCUGAGCUUUACCGUGCUAUCAGGGCCCAUCUUCCCGCCCUUAUUCCUGGAUUGGUACCCGCAGAUAUCUCUACCAUGUCCCUGGGUCUAUCGCACUCACUUGCUCGGCACAAACUCAAAUUUUCCGCAGAUAAGAUCGACACCAUGAUUGUCCAGGCCAUUUCUUUGCUUGAUGACCUGGACAAGGAGCUCAACACGUACGCUAUGCGCGUGAAGGAAUGGUACGGCUGGCAUUUCCCUGAGCUGGCUAAGAUCCUCAACGACAACAUGGCCUACGCCAAGGUUGUCCUCAAGAUGGGUAUCCGUAGCGACUCUGAGACUACAGAUCUCUCGGAAAUUCUGCCUGAGGAGAUGGAAUCUGCCGUCAAGAUGGCCGCCAACAAGUCGAUGGGCACUGAGAUUAGCAACGAGGAUCUCGAGAACAUUCAGUCUCUUGCUGAGCAGGUUGUUGCUUUCUCCGAAUACCGUCAACAGCUUGCCAACUACCUUUCCGCUCGUAUGGCCGCCAUUGCUCCCAACCUCACUGCCUUGGUCGGUGAUCUGGUCGGUGCUCGAUUGAUUGCACAUGCUGGUAGCUUGAUGAAUCUCUCCAAGAGCCCUGCAAGUACGAUUCAGAUCCUUGGUGCUGAGAAGGCCUUGUUCCGUGCUCUUAAGACCAAGCACGACACUCCUAAAUACGGUUUGAUCUACCACGCUUCCCUCAUUGGCCAGGCCACUGGUAAGAACAAGGGUAAAAUGGCUCGAGUUCUUGCCGCCAAGGCUGCAAUUGGUCUCCGUGUGGAUGCCUUGAGUGACUGGACCGCUGAUGCUGAUGGCAACGAGCCCACCGAAGAAGAAAAGAGCGCUCUUGGUAUGGAGUCCAGGUACUACCUCGAGAAGAAGCUUGCGUUCCUCGAAGGAAAACCACUUAAGGCUAGAGGUGUGGCUAUUGCUCCAAAUGGCGUUGAAUCCGCUGUCCCCAAGAAGUGGGAGAUCAACGAAACCAAGAAGUACAACACUGACGCAGAUGCUCUCGCCGGUGACGAAUCUGACAAGAAGAAGUCCAAGAAAGACAAGAAGGAUAAGAAGAUUAAACUGGUAGAGGAAGUUGAAGCUGCGGAUGAAGAAAUGAAGGAUGCUGACCAAGAUGAGGAGGAAGAAGAAGACGACUCAGAUGAGUCCGAGGAGGAGAAGCCCAAGAAGAAAUCCAAGAAAGAGAAGAAGUCAAAGUCCAGCGGUGACGACAACGUUGAAGAACUAGCUGAGAAGGCCGGCCUCAGUGUCAAGCGAUAUCUCCGAAAGCUUGAGAGAGGCGAGAUUUCUUUCGAUAAGGACGGCAACCCAACCUCUAUCAGCAAGAAGGACCUGAAGAAGGCCAAAAAGGAAGCCAAGAAGGCCGAGAAAGAGGAAGGCAAGAAGCGAAAGCGCUCAGAUGCCACUGAUGAUGCCGAUGAAACCAAAAGCGAAAAGAAGAAGAAGAAGAAGAGCAAGGCCUAA